AUGGGUAACAAGAAUGGUGAUGAACAGACACAGAGCUGUCUGAUUUGCGAGAAGGUUCAUCAGGCUCCUCCAGAUGUGUUGUGUAAACCUGAUGAUUCCGUAGAGCUGACCUGCAGUCAUAACAUAGAUAACUAUGACACAAUAUUGUGGUAUCAGAAGUCAAAGGGAGAUUCUAGUCUGAAGCUCAUCGGCUAUGCUCGAUAUAGCAGCGCGAAGGACAUUGAGAAAUCAUAUAUGGGUCAUUUCAACGUAACUGGAAAUGGAGAAGAGGAAGCUACAUUAAGGAUUCUCAAAGCAAGACUGGAUCAGGACAGUGCAGAAUUUCAAGCAGGUUUUAGUGACGGUGUUCUGAUCACUCAAUGGCCGAAGUACAUAUCCAGUCUUCCGGGUUUUUCAGUUGAUAUGCACUGUUACCAGAAUGAUACAGACUAUGACUACAAAUACUGGUACAGGCAAAUCAAAGGAGAAGGACCGGUGCUUAUUGCAACCCUCAUAGGGACUUCUGAAUCAUUUGAGAAGGGAUUUGAAACUGGCUUUCAGUUGCCGGAUAAAGAGACAAAGAAAUGGACCCUGAAGGUGGAUGUUAAAGAAAGGGCUGAUGCUGUUUAUCUGUGUGCUGCUAUCCAAAAGAGUUAUCCAGCUUACUUCGGCAGUGGAACAAAGCUAACUGUUUUGGGUAUUGCUAAUGUACAAAUCAAUGUGACACAAUCUCAACCUGCAUACUUUGGCAGUGGCACUAAACUGACAGUUCUGGAUCCUUUAAUUCCCAAGAGUGAACCAUCCGUAAAGAUUCUAAAUGCACCUCAAAAGGAGUCCUGCAAGAAAAAAGUCACACUUGUGUGUUGGGCUGAAGAUUUCUACCCAGACCAUGUGAAAGUAGCAUGGUUUGUUGGACAGCAAGAAAUAACUGAAGAUGUAGCGACAGACCCACAUGCCACCUUUGUCGAGGGAAAAAAGUACACCAUAUCCAGCAGACUAAAAGUCUCUCAGAAGAUGUGGAAAAAAUCAACAAACAAAUUCACCUGUAUAGUGUCCUAUUACAAUGGAUCUGUCACAACUGAACAAUCAGCUUCUGUAUAUGGAGUUGCAGGUGGAUAUGACCGAGACAGCUAUGUGAAGUCGUCACAGUGGAUGAAGCUGGCAUAUGGCGUGACCAUUGCUAAGAGCGGACUGUAUGGCCUUGUCAUCUUUGUGUUUGUAUGGCGAAAGGGUUCAAAUGAAAAGUGAUGACUGGAUCAUCUGACCAUGAUGACUGAUGGAUUCUGGACGAAAGAAAUAAUCAAGAAAACACCAACAGUUUACUCCAUCCAGAAUAGAAGAUGCUGUAUAUAUAACUGAGGGCUUUUUUAUUUUAUUGGUAACACUUUACAAAAAGGUUUUACAAUAUUUGGUAAUGAUAUUACAUUAAACAGCAUAAAUUAGUAUUAAAUUAUAGCAUUUAUUUACCUUUGUUGACGUUGGUACAAUUGUUUUUUGCACUGUAAAGCAUAUCCAGUAAUUUGAUUUGCUCAUCACCCAAUGACGGUUGGGGUUAGGGGUGGGGUUAGGUGCAACGCCUCCUUUUAAAAUCGUACAUUUACAUACAAAUUCGUAUGAAUUAGCCACUAAACUGACAAAAUGUAAAAUACUUACGUUUCCUCGUGAGAUCAAGCUGGUAAUAUAGAGAAUUAAGUAGCUGUAAAAUAACAGAAUAGCGAAAAAAUAUUACCAGUUUUCAUAUCGAAAUUAACUUCACUAUCCCAGGCGGUAAAUAACUUCAAACUAUGUCAACAACAUUUUCAAACUGCUCAACACUAAAAGAUUAGAAAAAGGAAAAACCAAGAUCCCAUAUUGCAGUUCAAAAGCAUAAAUCUAAAUCACAAAAUACGUAAAACUGUUAACUGACCAAUAUUUUGUUACAGUUUGCUUGUUCAUUGGUUCACUGGGCAUUUAAUGUUAAGAAAUGUAACUCUUGUUGGCUAUGUAUUACAAAUGACUAAGAUUAAUAAAAGUGUUAGAGAAAUUGUUUGCUUUAUGUAUGCUAUGUAGUUAGCGUGUUAACUAAUUAAACCUUUUUGUAAAAUGUUACCAUUUUAUUUCAACUCUAUUCUUUCCUGAAUAUCUAUCACAAUGAAAAUAUGCUAACAAUGCAGAUCAUAUUAAUCAUAAAAUAUAGUUUGUUUUAUUUUAUUUUGCUUGUUUCCUUGCUAUUUUCGAAUGUUUUGAUAGCAUAGUACUAUACUAGUAAAAUAGACUAACUUAGGCAAAGAUAGAUAUAAAUAUAUUGUGACAUUUUACACACUGAACGUUACUGUACUUUAUUCUUUUAGUUUAACUUGCUUAAUAUGUAAUAAAACUCAUAAUAUAUGGAAACCAUC